GUUUUUCAACUGCUAGUCACAUGAUCAAAUUGAACAGUCCUCCGGUGUUCAACUUCGUCAAGGAAGUUAAAAUACCCUUCUUCCAUAUCAGACGAGAUAUACUCUAUCAACAGAAAACAUGGCUUGGCUGACAGCAUCUGAAGUUGAUAGAAUCAAAGCCCAGCUGAAGGUAGAUGAGGGGUUUGAUGAUAAGGUAUAUCUAGACAGUGUUGGAUUACGGACAUUUGGUAUUGGUCACUUGAUAAAGAAAGGCGACCCUGAGUAUAAGUUAGAAGUUGGUACAUCCAUUGGUCAAGACAGAAUUGACAGUGCCUUUGUCCAGGACUUCAAUGAAGCAGCAGCACUAACAAAAGAAAUCUACCCUGAAUGCGAGACUUGGCCCAGUGAAGUAAAAGAAAUCAUGGUAAAUAUGGCGUUCAAUCUUGGAGGAAGACUUAAAGGUUUCAAGAAUUUGGCCAAAGCUCUUGAAGAAAGAAACUGGACUACGGCCGCUGAUGAAAUGAAAAACAGCAAAUGGUACGGUCAAGUUAAAUCAAGGGGAGAAAGAUUAGUUGGCAGAAUGAGAGCUGUUAAAGACAAAUAAUCAACGGACUAUACACUUCGACACAAUAUACGCUCUUUAAAAGAAAAUGAUACAACAAGAAUAUACAAUGCAAGUGAUUUCUUGUAUUCUAGUAAAAGAUCAUGAAUAUUGAAGCUAAAAGACCUGCUAUGCAUUCGUAAUUACUUUAUUAAAAGUAUAUGUUUAAAAUUGUUAUUCCUUAUAUAAAGAAAGGCAUUAUUUUUAACAUUAUUUCUGGUAUGAUAUUAUGUAUACAUUUUGUAUUAAUAUUAUUAUGAUUAUGACACACAUAUUGUAUGAGUAUAAGUUUUAUUUAUCUGAAAUAAAUAACUUCUUAAAAGUUACAUUGCAGCUUAA